CUUCGCUGCUUGAUGCCAUCCUCCGGGUCCUUCACGAGCUGAACAACGUCGUCCAGAUGCGGCGGACGACGAGAAGGUCGCUCUUCCACCUUGUCGUCUUCAUCGGCAUUCUCUCUCUGAUCAUUUGCUGGAAUCGUCCACCAACCGCGAAAAAAAUAUUCACAUGGACGAAAAUCCGUUACCAGACGACCGCCGCCGCGCUGCCGGAAUCCCGCGGUCACUGCCCUGGACUUGUGGAUACCUCUAAGCCCGCCCUCGUCGUAUCUCGAGUCGCAGCCGAUGGAGAUCCCUCCUGGCUCCAAUCCCUGUCCGAGAAAUACCACCUGUGUAUAUACAAUGUGGAUGUGCCUCCCGAUCCGAGCUCCCAGUAUCUGCAAGUCCCCGCGAACCGAGGUCACGAGUCCAUGGCCUAUCUAACGUUCCUCAUCGAUAAUUACGCCGACAUACCUGAGGCCGGAGCUGUUUUGGUUCACGGAUCACGAUGGGCAUGGCAUAACGAUGCGCCGGAUUACGAUAAUGCAUACUUGCUGUCUGUAUUGAAUGUGUCUUCUGCACUUGAUCCGUGGGGUUACCAUAAUCUCCGAUGCGAUUGGAGUGUUAGCACUUGUCCGUCGAGUACACCUCCGCAAGGCAGUCUACAAAUGUCUCUCCAAUCAGUGCUGGAUCCAUGGGACGCCCGGGCGGCUUCCGAUGCCGCGCUACCCCAGGCCCUGAGGUCGAUCUUUGGCAAAGAUGCGUUGGCAAUCGGGCGACAUGAUGCUAUUCGGUCCCAGUGCUGUGCGCAAUUUGUGGUCGCUAGGGAGAGGGUGUGGAACCACUCUCGCGCGGAGUAUAUUGCCUUGCGGCAAUGGUUGCUAGACGGGAGCCAUGCGAUAGGCAACCCACGGGCGUUGCGACGAGAGGGGAUCGCCCCGCGUGAUGACCGUGUCGCGGGUCGCAUCAUCUCGUACAUCUGGCAUAUUUUGUUUCUGGAUUUGACCAAGUCCGGCGGCGGGUCUCCCGAGGGUGGACUAGACCUGGAUGCUUUGAACCAGCUGGCCUGUCCGCGGGCUGACGAGUGCUAUUGUCGGCUCUAUGGUAGGUGCAAUCUCGAGCAUUGCAGUUCACCGGGCAGGUGCUAUGGCCAGUAUGAAAUUCCUCCGGAUUUCACGGUCCCUGCCUCGCACGCCUGAUGCAUUAUGAGCCCCCGUUUGGAUAUAGAACGAUUUCGUUGGUCUGAUCUGAUGUAUAUGCGAUGUUCCAACGACCACUGAGUAACAGCAACUCCUUAUUUUAUACUGACUGCCAGCAAUGCCAUCAAUA